AUGCCCCUUGGAUUCGGGUCUCAGUCUCUGUUCCGUGCGUGCUCUGUGCAAGCACCUCGCUCGGCUUUUCUUUGGCGCUCCGCGUGCUGUGGCUGUGCCACUUCAUCGGACUGCUGGCCUGUCUUGCUCGGCAUCUGCUCAGCCCACCCUUUGACGUCCUGCUCCGCCCUCGCCUCGCUGGUAGGCCCGCCUCGUGCAGUGCCUGCCCCCUGCGCCUG